AUGCUCUCUUUCGUGAUACUAGCCCCUCUCCUACUCGCUGCCCAGUUUACCAGUGGUCAACCCACUGUGAACUUUCCAAUCAACUCUCAACUGCCACCAGUGGCUCGAGUAGACGAGCCCUUCUCGUACUCUUUUUCUCGAUACACAUUUCGGUCAGACUUCAACCUCUUAUACUCGCUCGGGGAUGCACCCGAAUGGCUCUCCAUCGAUGACGAAGGCCAGCUUUACGGGACACCAACCGACGAUACCGUUCCAAAAGGAGACGUGGUGGGACAGCAAGUUGAAGUCAUUGCUAAUGAUGGGGCCGGCUCAGCAUCUCUCAAUGCAACUCUUGUUGUGUCGAGAAACAAUGGUCCCUCUAUCAAGAUCCCUCUCUCGGACCAGAUCGGGGACUUUGGCGACUAUUCUGCUCCUUCGUCGUUGAUAUCAUAUCCAUCAACCGAGUUCAGCUUCAGUUUCGAUCCCGACACCUUUGAUCACCAACCCGACAUGAUCAAUUACUACGCUACCUCCGGCGACAGCAGCCCCUUGCCUGCGUGGAUGAGGUUCGAUGCCGGCUCCCUAACAUUUAGCGGGGAGACGCCUCCUUUCGAGUCACUUAUACAGCCACCACAAACAUUUGACUUUGAUCUCGUCGCCUCCGACAUAGUCGGCUUCUCAGCUGUGUCCAUGUCGUUCUCCAUCAUCGUGGGGAGUCAUAAACUCAGCACAGACAGCCCAACCAUCACGCUGAAUGCCACACGUGGAAAGAAGCUCCAGUAUGACGGUCUGGAGGAUAGUGUCAAACUCGACAACAAGCCGAUUGAUAAAAGCGACGUCGAGGUCUCUGUGGAUAACAUGCCCGAGUGGUUAUCUCUCGAUGAGGAAACCUGGAGGAUCGAGGGUACACCCAAGAAAGGCGAUCAUUCAACCAACUUCACCAUUAACCUUCGCGAUUCGCAUCAAGACACAUUGGCCAUUGACGCCGUCGUCAAUGUAGCAACAGCACUCUUUCGAUCAACCUUUGAUGACAUCGAGAUAAGGGCGGGGAAAGAAGCCAAUAUCGACUUGGAGCCGUACUUUUGGGACCCAGAUGACGUUGCCGUUGAGAUAUCAGUCAAGCCGGACAGAGAUUGGUUAAAACUCGAAGGUUUCAACAUCACCGGAAAGGUGCCAAGGUCCGCAUCAGGGGACUUGAAGAUCUCGGUUACGGCUUCAUCUAAAAGCUCAGAUGCCACAGAGACUGAGAGUCUCAACGUGAGCCUCCUAGCAUUUACACCUACACCUUCGUCCACACGCCGGACCUCUACUUCCUCCACAUCUACCAAAACAUCCUCAUCUACUGCAUCAAGUGCGCCUACCGAGACUACUUCGGAGCCUGAGCCCCCCACUGGCGGUUCCAGUAAAGGCUUGUCGACCAGCAGCCUCCUCCUCGCGAUCCUCUUGCCCCUUCUUGCCUUCAUAUUGCUCCUGAUGCUGCUUAUUUUUUGCCUCAUUCGACGGCGUCGGUCUCGACAGACAUACUUAUCCGCCAAGUUUCGCAAUAAAAUCUCCGGCCCAGUGCUGGAAAGCUUGCGUGUUAACGGGGCCACAUCUACAAUGCAAGAACCCGGGAAAGCCACGAACAUUGCUCCCAUGGAACAACGACUGUACCGUCCAACCAGGCAACGAUAUUCGGAAAUUGAGUCGGAGACGUUGUCAUUAUCAUCCCCUACAUUGGAGACCAUGGGGACCAUGACAACUCCCGAAGUUCCAUCGCGGUUUGUAGCUGAGGGCUCGAGUUUUAUGAUGUCACGGUCCACCAGCAUAACGAGUGGCGAUGACAGGAGGCGAUCGUGGGUAACAGUAGAAGGAACAGCGACAGCGACAGCACGACAGAGCCAGGCGUCGUUAAGGAGUCAGCACUCAGAUACGACAUUCCCUGAGUCUACACAUCAACUGAUACCACCACCUGCAUUCCUCUCAGAAUCCGGGGGCAGCUCCUUCAGGAGUGGACUCGACCUAACAAUCCCAUCUAUUGAUGACCUUCCAAACAUCGGGGGCCCGCGAACAUUUGGGCAUGGGCAUGAGCUUGGACAGUCUGGCACGUUCUCAAGCGGCAACGAAAGCUCGCUGGCAUUUGCGUCUUCUCAUCAAUCCAGCCCCAGGCUCCUGACGGGAGGGUUUCCUAUCAGUGCAGCAGGUACGCACGAUCAACACCACGCAGGACAAGAUCAGGCAUCUCCAGGGGAAGCUGGCCAAAGUAUACGAGAGAUUAGGCGACCUGAACCAGUGCGCUUAUCCAGCCAUGAACUUCUCGGCGAAGGCAGCCGCCCUAGCAGCCGGGCUUGGUACGAUAGGGAUGUUUCGAGGGGUUUCUUCAUGGACCCGUCGUUUGGAUCGACGGAGAAUUGGCGGGUGCUCGGGGCACGACGAGACGCGACGAGCUUGUCUUACCGGCAGCUCGUUGACGAGGCGCCCUUUCACCCAGCACGAUCGAGCACACCGAUGAGUCCCAGCCAGGAUUGGCUGCAACCAGGAGAGCGAGCCGGUUCGGAUCUGAUAUCGCCUAGUCAGUGGGGAGAUGCACAAACAAGCAUUCGAGGUUCACUGCCAUCGUUGCAGGGGAGUCACAGUCACAGGCACAACUUGGCGAACAGUAGGGAUUUGAGAACCGAGGAGGAUCAAGCUACGAACUGGAGACGAGAAGACUCGGCAAAGUCAAAGGGGGGCAGCUACGCGUUUCUUUAA